UACCAGCAGAGCUUCCGUAGUCCGGAAGUGGUCACAGUCUGUUAGCCCUCAGCUAGCACACACACACACAGCACAAGGACAGAGGAUUCUCAGUGUUAAUUAAUCUACUUUUUCUCUCUGACUUUAUUUUUAAACCCUCUCAGAGUUGUUUGUUCUCCUGGAAUCUGAAGAUGCCUCCUAAAGCUCUGAAUCCUCUGGCCAUGAAGCUGAUGAAGGGAGUGAUCGCUCUGGAGCUGGUGGGCGUCUUUGGGGCGUACGGUCUGUUUCAGAUGAUGAACAACAGCCAAGAUUUCAGGAGCAGCGUGAACAGGAAGUUUCCAUCGGUGCUGGAAGUUUAUUACCAGUCCAACGAGUGGGCCGGCGUCUACGGGGUCCGAGAGAGAGACCACGAAGCCUGGUCGGCCAAACAGGAGUGACUCUGUGGGUCCUUUUAAAUCCACGACAUCAAACACACGGCAGCCGUUACUUCUUCCUCUUCUUGUUCCCGAGCGCUUUGCCUCCCGCCCUCGCUCGGCCGAACGACUUCUUCUUGUUGAACAUCGUCUUCUUCUUGCGCAGCGUCUUGGCGUCUCGGCCUUGGAUCCAGUCGUCACGUUGAGCCUCCCACUUCAGCUGCUUCACACCUGCAGGGACAAAGAGGCGGAGUCAGAGAGGACGAGAGGAGGAGUCAGAGAGGACGAGAGGAGGAGUCAGAGAGGACGAGAGGAGGACGAGACAAGGACACUUUAACCAACAACACCUCUGAGUUCAUGGAUCUGAAGCACAAUGACACAAUCACUGAGGUUCACUCACUGACACGGUUUAUAUAAAGUCCUGGUGGACAAACACUGGAAACCCUUCACUGUUAUCAUCUGUGUCUGUUUGAAGCUGAUUGUCAUCCUGACUCAUUUCCUCUCUCUGUGGAGGAAUCAUUAAACCAGCUGGUAUCCAGCAAACUCCCUAAACA